AUGUCUCUCAACGCAUACAUUAACAAAAAGGUCCUCAUCCUCACAGUCGACGGCCGCACACUCCUCGGGACACUCCUCUCCACCGACCAACUCACCAACCUCGUCCUCACCAACACCGUAGAACGGAUCAUCCGCACCCCAGACGAUGACGAGCCCUCAUCGCAGAUUGACCAUGGGCUGUACCUGAUCCGCGGCGAUAAUGUGGUCGUCUGCGGAGAGAUUGAUGAGAAGGUCGACGGGGAGAUUGACUGGGCCAAGGUCAAGGGCGAGGUGAUUCGAGACACGAAGAAUGCAUGA